AUGAGUCGAAGAAAUGGUCUCAAGCUCGAGUUGAAGCUGAACCUAUCGCCACCGAGGCUUAAUCCAAGAGUGGAAUCUCCGAGGCGAGAAGCGACGGUGUCACCGACAUCUUCUCUGAGCUCAUGUGUGUCGUCUCACAACGUCGACAUGACCGAUGCCGUGGGAUAUGCAAGCAGCCCCGAUGCUACGUCGUUUCCAAUGGUUCUCGUAGGUUGCCCGAGGUGCCUUAUAUACGUGAUGCUUUCGGAGGAUGACCCGAAAUGCCCCAAAUGCAAUAGCACUGUUUUGCUUGAUUUCCUCAAUGAUACUGCAACAACCACCGACGUUAAAACGAGGACUUAA